CACACAUAUACACACACAUAUUUACUCACAUUAAAGAUGCAAGAUGAAGAAAGAUAUAUGACAUUGAAUGUGCAGUUGAAAAAAAGGCGUCCUAGCCAAACAUCCCAACUUAAAUGUAAAGAUUUUUCUGUGAUGUUACACUGGUACAAAAUCUUGUUGGGAAUAUCUGGAACAGUAAAUGGUCUUCUAGUUUUGACUUUUAUCUCCCUGAUUCUUUUGGUUUCCCAAGGAGUGUUGCUCAAAUGCCCAGAAGGAAAUAAUUCAAAUAUCACCCAGCAUGAUGAUAUUGGAAACCUGAAAAUGAAGAGUGACACAAGAGGAAAUAUAAGUACUAAAGAUGCGGACCACUGUGCUUCAAGUGCUACAGACCAUGGAGGAUUGUGCCCAUCAGAAUGGCUCAAAUAUCAAGAAAAGUGUUAUUGGUUCUCUAAUGAAUUAAAAAGUUGGAGUGACAGUUAUGGGUAUUGUUUGGGGAGAAACUCUCAUCUAGUAAUAAUUCAGGACCAAUUUGAAAUGGCUUUUAUACAGAAAAACCUAAAACAAUCAAAUUAUGUGUGGAUUGGGCUUAACGUUACCUCCCAGAAGAGGACAUGGAACUGGGUAGAUGGUUCUCCAUUAGCUUCAAAAAUAUUCUUCAUAAAAGGACCAGCUACUGAAAACAGCUGUGCUGCCAUCAAGGGAAACAAAAUUUACUCUGAAACCUGCAGCAGUGUUUUCAAGUGGAUUUGUCAAUGUUAAUAUUUUAAAAUAUAAGUUGUAGUGGAAU